CUGUUUCUCUUUUACAUUAAUAACUUUUCUCAUAUAUCUAUCUUCUUUUUAAGUGAGAUCCAUGUUGAACAUGAAAUACUAAUUUCGUCUGUAGUUAUUCCGAUACUAGUUGAGCUUACGAAGUAUAAAUUGAAUAACUUGCUAGGAAGAAAUGUGGUCAAUUUUCCAGUCUAUGAUUGUGUGGUGUUUGUAUAAUAGGUUACAUUGUGUCCAAAAAUGACGUUUAUAAUUUGUAAAUAUUAUUUAUUUGACAUUAAAUAAUUUUUGUUAAUUAUUAAGAUUUAUUGAGAAGUAUUUUCACUACCUGUAAACUUGUGUAUUAUUUAUCAAUUGGUGUGAGGUUAUGAUAAGAAAAUUAACUUGAGUCAUCUCCUAUAUCCAAUGUUUACUAUUAGAUCACUUUUUAGGUCCAUUGAAGAUUGUGAAAAUUUAUUAUUAUAUCAGAUAUGACAUUAAAUGGUAUUAGCAAUCAAAAACUAAAAUGAUUGGCACAGCCUCUAGUUUAGAAGAUGCGUGUCGGCAGGCUCAGGAUAUGAUAAAUCAAGUAUCUAAAUGUUGGAAAAAUAUUCAAGGACAAAAUUCUGUAAAUUUAAUUUGUGAUAAAUCAUCAAUUCAAAAAAAAGAUCAAAGUCAUUCAAAACAUAGUAUUCAGUCUAAAUUGACUAGAUUAUAUUUUGAAGAACUUACUAAAGUUCCUUAUGCAACUCCUGAUUCUGUAUUGAAUAAUUUAGAGAACGAAUGUGAUCUUUUGGGAAGAUUGGUACAGAGAGAAGGUUUACAUACAUUAAUUGUUAAUCUCUAUGCUGGUAAUAAAGGAUACUCAUUAGCUAUAAGAAAUAGUGAUAAGGGAAAUCAAUAUGAUAAAAAUUCAAUAUUAGCUGAAACACAACUGAUGGGUUAUGAACAGGGUGAAUUGCUUUCAUGUAUAGAUAAUGGUCAAUUGCCUGCAAUGUUGGCAGAGCAACUGGAAACCAAUCAUUCUCAUUUAUUUUAUGAUGGCUGUAUAAUAGCUGAAGUUCGAGAUUAUCGAAAAACAUUUCCUCAUACUAAAGCUGAGGUUCAUCAUGUGCUUCUUAAGCCUACAACACAAAGUGUACUCUCAGAUGUAUCAACCUUGACUAGUGAUGGUGACUGGAGUCAUGAAGAACGAUUAAUGUUAGAAUCACAUUUAGUUGCAGCUACCCAAGGACCUCUUUGUCUUGAUCCAAAUCCUAUUCCUAGUUUAGCUACAACACGAUUAAAACAAUCUAAAUCUUUGCUUACUGAUCAUCAACUUAUGCGACAAGCAAAAAAGUUUUCACAGGUUACAGUUAAUCGCAAAAGAAAAUUGGAACAAUUAGCACAACCAGAAGGAUUGACAAUACAAGAUUUAAUGCAGAAAUUAAGAGCAAAAAGGGGAAUAGUUACAGCCACUGCCUGUCCAACGCCUUCUCUUACAAAUCCUCCUUUACUUCCACCAAAUACACCCAUUGAUGUUUUAAGAUUUGCAAAAGCAUACGAACGCCCGCGAGAAACAAAAGACUGUUUACCACACGUUAUAGAAGAAUAUAUAUUAGAAACUGGAGGAAAUCAAGGUGAAAUAGAUCACAUAAAGCUCUCAAUUCUCCAAAGACCUUCUAAUUCUGAGUACCUGGGAGAGCUUUAUAUGGAUAAGAAUCAUCGUGAAGGAGAAAAAAAUGGAUCUGCAUGCCGGUUUACACUAGGUACAAGAGUGUUAGCAAAUCAUUAUAUCCAACAAUUUACUGAAAUAUUUACGGAAGAAGGUAGAAAAAAUGUUAGAAUAAAACAUGUUGUACCAGGGCAGGUCCCUCGUGUAACAUGUACACCUGGUAUGCAACGAGCGCAUCAACAGGCACAGCAGGCAAAAGCAGCGCAAUUAGUUGCUCAGCACUUACAACAAGCUCAAUCUCAACAUGUAGCACAGCAGAUUUUAUCAAGAGCUCAAGGUCAGUUAAAUACUUUAGCUGGACAAGUAGCUUCAAUGAAAACUAUGGCAGAAACUACUACUUCUGCACAAAAUAAUUUGACUUGCGUAGAUGCAACAAAUAUUUCACAAGUUAUUGCCCAAAAUGAGGCUACAUCGAUAAGUCCAGGGCAAACUUUAACUAAUGGUGGAUCAAAUGCCUCUACAUCUGUACAAAUUGAUAAUUCUACAAUGUCAGUUACUGAUGGUAGUUCCUGUAAUGGAUCUGGAAUUUUAGUUUUUCAACAAAAAUCAAACAAUACUAUUAAUAAUGCUACAUCUACAAAUGUUCCAGUUUUGCAAGCUCAGUUACAGGCUGGAACACAAAAUUGUGUGACAGAAACUGUUAAUCAGAACCAAAAUGAAAUACCAUUUAAAAAACAUUCUACCAAUCCAGCAAUAACAGCUCUUGUAACAUCUCUUAUGAAUUCUGCUCAACAAUUUCAACAGCAAGCUGCAGCAAACGCAGCUGCUGCUGCUAUGAAUACUAAUGCACAGACUACAAAUAAGUCAAAUAAUGCUGCAAUCCUUAGUUUGUUAAAUAGUAGUCCUGCCAAUUUGACGCAACAGAAAGUCCAGCCUCGAAGGAUUUCUUUGAAUGCUUCCAUCCCAUCUAGAGUUCUUAGUCAUGGAAAUGUUAUUAAUGUCCCUAGCACGACUGGUCAAGUAAGGGUGAGUUUAAGUUCAACUUUAACAGGACAAUUAAGUUGUAAACAGCAACCCGUAAAAGCAACAGCUGUAAAAUUAGCUCGUGUGCAAGAUCCUACUUCAACAUUAGGAUUAUCAAUGUCAGGACUUUCAGCCCUUUUAGCAGGAACGCCAUCUGCAGAUAAUCCAAUACCAGGAAUUAAUUCAGGUUCUUCUCUACUUGAACGAUUAACUGCUUCUUCCAGUCAAAAUAAUCAAUCUGCGACACCAAUGACUACGCCACCAUCUACCAAUGUAAAUCUACAGGGAGUAAAUCUUACUAGUCUGUCAAAUUCCAUCAAUGGUCUUCAAAAUGUUCAGGUAUCAUUUCCCGGAUUAUCACAACCCAUUACGAUGUCGCUAAAUGUGUCAGCGACGACGGGUUCCGUUACACCUACAGGAGUAAUAGUUUCUCUGCCUAUAUCAUCUGCGACUAAUACUUGCACUACGGUUUCUAGUAUGGUAGCUACUACAGUUGUUACAACAGCUAUUGCUGGAAGUACACCAACGGUAGUAAUAGCUAAUCCUGCCAAUACUCAUUUAUCAUUACCAAUUGCCCAAAUAAUACCUUCUGCUGUGAAAGGAUUAUCACAACAAAACAUACGUAGUAAUAAUUCUGUCACUCUUGCACAGGUAUAUAUUAAUUUUAUUAUAUUUAUAAUUUAUAGAAUAUAUAAUCAUAAAAUGAAAAAAACAUGUUUUUUAGGUGGACAAGCAAUUCAACUUGUUGGAUCUCAAAGGCCACGACUUAAUCAUAUAACUCGCCAAGUGCAACCAAAUCAAGUUAAAUCAACUGUUUUAUCAAAUCAAUUAGUAACUGUGGCUAAAACAGUAACAGCCAGUCAAUUAAUAUUAUCUGGUAAUAAACAGGUGUUAACUCCUAUAAUGGCAGCUACAAAACCAGUGCUUAUGGCAUCUCAAACGACACCUUCUUCCCAAGUAGUACCUGCAAAUAAACAAACAUUAUUGACGAAAUCUUUGCAUGCUAGAGCUUCUACAGGGCAAUGCAGUCAGCAAACUCAAAAUCUUGGAGUAACGACAUUAUCACAACAACAAUUACAGAGAACUCUUGUCAAACCUGUACAGCUCCAACAAUUACAGUGUUUAACUACACAACAUAAAGUAGCAGUUGCAACCAGCAAUUCACAAAACAGAACUCAAAUUGAGCCUCAGAGAAAUUCUACAUCUGCUCCUGGAGAAGACCCAGCCUGAACAUGUUCAAAUAAUU